AUGAAUUCCCUUCCUAGUAGAGUAGCUCCUAGUAGAGUGACUGCAUCCAUCAAAAAGAAAACUGAUAAACCUAAAUCCAUUGCUCCAGAGUCUUCUACUUUUGGUGAUCUAGGUAUUGAUCCUUGGUUAGUGGAAACUCUUCAAGCUAUGCAAAUUAAACAACCUACCGAGAUCCAACGUGCCUGUAUUCCUCCUAUCCUUGCUGGUAAAGAUGUUAUUGGUGGUGCCAAGACAGGUUCAGGGAAAACUGCUGCUUUUGCUUUACCCAUUCUUCAAAAACUAUCUGAAGAUCCUUAUGGUGUAUUUGCUGUGGUAUUGACACCUACUAGAGAACUUGCCUAUCAAAUUGCUGAACAGUUUCGAGUGCUUGGAAAAGGCAUUGGAUUAAAAGAAUGUGUUGUAGUUGGCGGCAUGGAUAUGAUGACUCAAGCUUUAGAACUUGCCAAACGACCUCACGUUAUCAUUGCUACACCUGGUCGUCUUCGGGAUCAUAUUCACAGUAGUUCGGGAGCAGUUGAUUUGACAAGAGCCAAAUAUUUAGUAAUGGAUGAAGCUGAUCGUCUUUUAUCAUCGACCUUUGUAUCAGAACUGGGUGUUAUUUUCAGUAAAAUGCCUACCAAACGACAAACUCUAUUGUUUACAGCCACUAUGACCGAUUCGAUUCUAGCCUUACAGGAAGCUCAAAAGGAUCCUAAAAAGAAACCCUAUGUUCAUGUAUGUGCUAUGGAUACCCACACUGUCGCCACAUUGGAUCAGUUUUAUGUAUUUGUGCCAUCUCAAGUACGACCAGUUUAUUUGGUCCGCCUUUUACGAUCAGAUGAAUUUAAGGACAAAUCUGUCAUCAUUUUUUGUGGCCGAUGCUCAACUGCGGAAAUGGUGACAGGCAUGUUGAAGGAACUUGGGAUUCGCUGCACUGCUUUACACUCGGAAAUGUCACAACAACAACGAUUGGAUUCUUUGGGUAAAUUUAGAGCAGAAGUCAUUAAGGUGCUGGUAUCUACAGAUGUUGGUAGUCGUGGUCUUGAUAUUCCUUCAGUGGAACUUGUAUUGAAUUUUGAUAUUCCUCGAGAUCCAACAGAUUAUAUUCAUCGUGUAGGUCGUACUGCAAGAGCUGGACGUGGUGGUCAAUCUCUAUGUAUUGUCUCUGAAAAGGAUGUACAAUUGAUUCAGAAUAUUGAAGCCAAAACAAAUACCAAGAUGGAAGAAUAUGAACUGAAUGAAAACGUUGUGCUGAAGGACUUGAAUGAAGUGACAGAAGCUAAAAGAGUGGCAACAAUGCAAAUGCAUGACAGCAAGUUUGGCGAAAGAAAAAAUGUACACAAAAAGAAAAAGUUGACUCAUACAACCUAGUCCAGUUACCCUCAGUUUUCAUAUAAAAGCAUUCAUGUACAUAUAGUAAUAUCAUCGUUAUUAGAAGUUUAGAAAAAAAA